AUGGCUCUGAUUUUAAAGAACCAUCACAGUGACUGCUAUUUAUCCUUGGGAUAUUGGUCUAGACUUUACGCUGCAUAUUUAGUUCACAACUCUUAUGGAACAGCUCAGUUUUUGUAUACUUUGUAUCUUGAUCGCAGUCACGGAGCUGUUGCUGGAGAUAUCCCCAUUGAUUGUAAGGAACUUCAUACAGAUGGACACACCAGAUCAGGGGUGUACGAAAUCUAUCCCUAUGGCACCAUUACCAGUCCUGUCAGAGUGUACUGUGAUAUGCACACAAUGGGCGGGGGAUGGACGGCAAUUCAGAAACGCGUUAAUGGAUCACUGAACUUUGUCAGGAACUGGACAGAAUACAAGAAUGGUUUUGGUACACCAGAACAGGAUAUCUGGGUUGGAAAUGACAUAAUCCAUCAAUUAUCAAAAGAAAAGAUCUCAUCCCUUUACGUAUCCAUCACUCUACUGGAUGGUACAACUCUGUAUGAAAAAUACGGUCAAUUCUCGGUCGCCAAUGAAACAGAGAAAUAUCAACUCUUUCUUGCAGGACUUGCCACGGGAACCUUAGGUGACAGCAUGUUAGAUACUGGUCAUCCCGAUAACUUCGAUCUGUCAGGGAUGUACUUCAGUACUCCGGAGACAGAUAACGACAGGAAUACAAAAAACUGCUGA